UUAAUUCAUUGAAAUAUCGAUUCUUUUCCAUGUUCACAAAAUAAAAUCCAAAUCAAUAUUUUUAUAUUUUAAUAGUUUAGCAAUAAAAAAAAUCUAGUUUCAUCAUGUUUGAAUUGUUAAAAGAAGGUCCAUACGUUUGUAUUCAUUGUGGUUAUCCCGAUAAUAAAGAUGUCUAUAAAAUUUAUGGUGAUCAGGUUAGACAUCAUAGUCGAUCACCAUCAUCAGCAUUAUGGUUGGCUACGACAUCAUCGACUACUUCAACUAUUACCGAUAAUAAUGAUGUUCAUAACCAACAAAAACGAAGUAAAUUAACACCUCGAUUGACCAAAUGUCAACGUUGUCAAAGAUUAGUGGAUGAAUAUGUUCAAUUGGAUUAUAAUAUUCUAUAUUUGGAUGCUAUCCUACAGAAAAUUUCAUUCUAUCGUCAUAUUUUACAUAAUUGUCGAAUGGCAAGCAAUAAAAGUGCAUUGAAAAUGGCGUUAAUUUUUUAUUUCUGUGAAGCAUUUCAACGUUGGUCUACAUCGAAUGGUGUUACAUUCACAUCGGAAAGGAAAACCACACCAGUAUCAUCAUCAUCAUCAUCAUCGGCAUCAUCAUAUUUUCAACUAGAAGUGAGCUUCUAUUAUAAUUUCCUAUGCAUCAUUCUUGAAUCUUCAUUGUUCAAUCUAUUAUUCUAUUGUCUUUUCAAAAUGGCCCUCACCUUUGUCAUCAACCGACAGAACAAUUGUCAUUAUCCAAUGAACAAGCAAGGGAUAUCAUCAUUUAAAGAAAUGUUCAUGUCUUUGAUCAUUUGUUCAUAUGGAAAAUUAUUUCUUUUACCGUGCAUACUUUAUGGUGGAGAUCUAAAACCGAUUCUUGAAUUAUUCAUCAAAAUUUUUUACCUUUUUUCUCUGGUUCAAUGUUCAAAUGUUAAAUCUCAUUCGAUGUUGAAUCGUUUCUAUUCAAUAUUGUUAGUAUUGUUUGCCUAUUUGAUUCACAUGUUUUUAGUUGCUAAUCUACAUUGGCUAUUACCUUCAAAAUUUAUUAAUAAAUUACAAUAUUUUCUUGUUUAAAAAAAUAAAUUUUAA